AAACAGAAACUCAAACAGUCAGCACUCAGCACUAGUAGCAGCGCACGGUCAAGGUGGAGGCCGAUGGAGUCACACUCGGCGCCACUGAUUGGCUCACGGGCCAGCUAUUCGGACCUCGAGCAUCCGCUGUUCGGCAACAGCGAGUCGCGGCCACGGGAGCGGGCGAUCAACCUGGUUGUGGGAUUUCUGACCGCUCUCAUCGUUUUCAUUACCCUCAUCAGCGCCUUCGUCUUCCACGAGUAUUCGCCGAGAGGAGUCAAUAUAUUUCUAGGCGUCAUUAUCGUCCUCAUCUGCGCAUCGCAUCUCACCGUGAUAUGGUGGUACCGGCAGGGCGACCUGGACCCCAAGUUUCGCGUGCUCAUCUUUUUCAACGCGUUCUGCAUCGUGCUGCUAUGCGUAUGCGCCAACCUGUACUUCCACCUGCCGGACCCGAACAAAACCUAGAGACGGCCGCGGCACCGGGCCGCCGUGCGUCAGCUCUGCGCCCAUAGUGAGAACUCCCGUGUAUCCGCUCCGUGCAACAGCCCAGUGUGUGUGUGGGUGUCUGUUUGACAGUGUGUAUGCAUGUGUGUAAAGCGAUGGUGUACCACUCUGAGAGCGGAAGGCAGCCGCUCGUCGGCGGGAUGUGUGGUGAGCUGACUCGGGUGGGCGCGAUUAUCCGCGAUUGGAGGCUAUUCUCGGGCUGGGUUAGGUAUAUUUGUUACCCGGCCAAACGUUUGACAAGGUUAGUGGCCGAUAUCUUUCAGGUUCCUUCUGCAUCGUGCUGAAAACACGGGAUCGGAAGGAACCACUAAUGAUAUAUGUAUGCGUUGGUGUGGUUACAUUACAUGUUUAUUUUUGGUAGUCACUGGUAUUGUUUAUUUAUCCUGUGAAGAAUGAAUUAUGCAUGGCUGUUGGUCUUACUGCAUGGAAACGGACGUCAAAACCGCACUCUAGUCCCGCUGUUGUUAGUAGUUCGUGUCGAUGACUCUGUAGGAUCGCACGAUACAAGUAUUACGUACGUACGUCAGGUACGUUGAUAACAGACAUACUACUGAAGCCAUGCAGUAUCAAUGUGCCCCGUCUCGAUAAUUUAUGUUCAAAACCAUCUAAAGCGAUGUGCACUUUUGGCAACCACGUUGUUCCCUGUCACGUACUACAGAUAACUGAUUAAUGUAGGUAACUAAUUAUCGCUUAUUAAUUACCAUCUCUGUAUUUCAGAGGAAUGCUAGUUACGAAUCAGUAGCAGCUAGUUAUGAAAUAGUUGGCAUAUAUGCAAAGUUUAAAGCAAUUAUCAUGAUGUUUAAAGACAGUUAUAUGUGAAGCAUGCUUUGGGUGAUAUUCCGCUUGUUUUUGUAUAAUGCACUGCCUACAAUAAAGCAUAGUUCAUGUCGGU